UGGAACACGUACGCAAACGAACCCCACCUGUUCGGCCGAGUGGACAGUGCCGAUAAGCGUUGUCGCGACCAUAACCUCGUUCAACGUCCGACGCGCACGUGCUUGUGCUUCGAGCGUAACGUAACCGACAGCAGUCGAACGGUCGAAUCGAUCCAAUACCUUUCCGUCCAGCUGAACCGUCCUCGACCGCGAACCUGCGCCGGUGAUAGCUGUCCGAAUACGACCCCGACGACUCGUGCGCGCCGCCCAAACCGUGUUUGCCCUCGACGUCCAAUUUGUACGUCCCCGCGAUGUCCGAUCCGCGUUUGAUCUUCACAUCCAAAAGUUUCAUGCCUUCCUCGCCCAACACUCCCGUUCCCUCCACGUCCAACACUUCCGUUCCCUCCACGUCCAACUUCCUCGUUCCCACCGCGUCCAACACCCUUGUUCCCCCCACCGCGUCCAACACCCUUGUUCCCCCCACCGCGUCCAACACUCUUGAGCCGACCACGGUCAACGCGAGCCCGCCCUCGAUACAUUCGUCAUGGUUCCAAUCGAUGACGUACCAAGAGGCAUUGCAGUUAAGCGAUCUGGAAGACGACCUGACGGAAGACGAUGAACCGUCGACCGCCAUGGAAAAAAUGCGAAAAUUGAGAAAAGCCAAGGACGAGUACCUUGCAAAUUAUAAUUACCCGUUCUGCCCAGAUUUGUCCCGUUACAAUUUGAUAUCGAAAAUUGGUGAAGGCACGUUUGGGGAAGUAUUUAAAGGAUCGACAAUCAAAUAUAAUAAACCGAUUCUUGUUGCAAUAAAAAAAAUUCUUAAAUCAAAUGAAAAGGAAGGUUUUCCAAUGACUUCUGAAAGAGAAAUCCGAAUUUUAAAAAAACUAAAACAUAAAAACAUAGUAAGAUUAAUAGAAGUCUGUCAAACUAAACCCUCUGCUAAAACAAAUUUUCGGACGAUAUUUCAUUUAAUUUUUGAAUUCUGUGAACAUGAUUUAUCUGGUUUAGUAUUAAAUCAUGAGAUAAAAUUCAAAUUAAGUGAAAUUAAAAACUUGUUAAAACAAUUGCUCAAUGGAGUCUAUUAUAUUCACGCAAAUAAAAUUUUACAUCGGGACAUAAAAACAUCAAAUAUAUUAAUUACUAAAAAAGGAGUAGUGAAGAUAGCUGAUUUUGGUUUAUCUAGAGCAUUUAGUGAACUACCUGCGAGUAUGGAAAAUAAAUAUACCAAUUGUGUAGUAACAUUGUGGUAUCGUCCACCUGAAUUGCUGCUUGGUGAUCGUAAUUAUGGUCCACCUAUUGACAUAUGGGGAAUUGGCUGCAUUAUGGCAGAAUUAUUUACUCGUUGGCCAAUUUUGCGUGGCGAUUCGGAACAAGAGCAGUUAUUGGAGAUCAUCAAAUUAUGUGGACCAAUCACGCCAGAAGUAUGGCCUAAUGUUGAUAAAUUAGUGCUAUACAGAUCAAUGAAACUACCUCAAAAUUACCCACGAAAGGUCAAGGAUUAUCUAAAAAACUAUACACGUGAUAUAUUUUCUGGUGACCUGUUGGAUAAAUUUUUGACAUAUGACCCGAAAAAAAGAAUAAAUGCUGACUUAGCUUUGAACCAUAGCUUUUUCUGGACAGAUCCUAUGCCAUCAAAUCUUGCUGAGAAGAUGAAAGAAAUACACCAGAAUAAUUUUGACUAUUUAAAUAAAAUUUCAAAGGCUAAGGCCCAGGUGGAGCUUAAUCAAUCAUUGCCUGCUUUCAAUCGAAUAAAGCCGUCUUCAUCUUCCAGUUUAAAUAGUCUUACAAGUUUUCCUGAUCGUAUUUUCUAGUUAAGCCAAUGAAUGUAUAAUUUCAUAUUAUAUUAAUUUUAUCUUCUUGAUGGGGGCCAUAUAAACUUAUCUAAUAUGUUUACAUUAAGCUUUUAUUAUCAUAU